GUCAAACAAUGAAAUGCAUUUUUGAACAAAGUCGCAUAUUUUCGGCUCCGAAACCUUAAAACCCUAAGAAGUCUGUUCUCCCCCGGCCCGCCACCGCCAACACAGGCUCUAAAACAAUCAAACCCUCGCUCUUCUCUGCGUUCUAAAGCUUGAUCAAUCUGCUUUUUCUCUGCAAAUUCAUUUACUCUCUUGUUCUGUAGUUUCACAGUUCCAGUGAAUUGUAAUGGAGGUUGAAACACGUUUCUCCAAAUCCAUUGCAUUGGAUGAGAUGGUUUGCUCUGCAGUGCUUGAAGCAGCUCUUACAGCUCACAGGUCGCUUGUUUCGCUUCUCCUCCUGAAUAAAUUUAUGUGCUCGUUCCAUGACCUUGUUGGAGUAGAGAAGAGAUUUCCAUUGGGUGGUCUGAACAGCGCUACAGUGGCAGAGGCUGAAAACCAAGAUAUGGAUGAAAGUGAUGAUGAUGAGGAUGAAGAUGAUGAUGACGACGAUAAUGAAAGUGAUGAUGAUGAUGAUGAUGGGGAUUCAGAAGAUGAUGAUGACGACGAUGAUGAUGGAGAUUCAGAUGAUGCGGUUAGUGAUGGAGGAAGCAGUGACGAUGACGAUGACGAUGACGAUGACAAUGACGAUGAUGAGGAGGAGGAUGGUAAUGAUGACGAAGAUGAUGACGACGAUGAUGAAGAGGAAAAGAAAAACCAACCCCCUCCAAAAAAGGAAAAAUGAAAGCAGCAUUAUUCCCCUAUAACUUUUCAUCCAUCACUUCCCUCUAAUACAACAUUGGAUAUUUUUGGCCAUAGCAAUAAAGAACAUAUUCAUUUUUUGUCA